GGAUACCUUCACCCAUCAUGGCGGAGCAGUUCGUUGGCUAACGUCAACGGUUAGCAUAUUCAGCGAUUGUUUGGUUUCGCACCAUUUCGGACCGCAGCCAUUUGGCGUUUACUGCCCGGGAACUGCAUCCACUGAACAUACACUGGUGUUGAGUGAGGGAGCAGCACACCAGUAACGUUAAGAGGGCCUUUUAGAAAAUCGGGGCACCAGCAUAAUGGAAUGUGCAGUGGACAUUCCCUCGGGUGAGGAUGAAGCACCUGAGAAAGACGACAUGAAUGCCAAGGAAGGGAAUGAGCCACCCCACAAGAAGAACAAGAAGCACAGAAAACACAAGAGCAAGAAGAAGAAAAGGAGGAGGAAGGGCGAGAAGGAGAGCAGUUCAGAAUCUGGUGCCGAAUCUGACGUGGAGCCACCACCUCCUCCGAGACCUGUCAGGACCACCAGAGCCAGUGCCCGUUUGGCAGCAGCUGCAGGAGUUGGAGAUCAUGCUGGGCUAAAGGAAGAGGGCAAAAGGGAUACAAUUACAGAUCGUGUGGACGAGGGAGACACAAAAUCCAAAAAACACAAAAGACAUGCUGCCAAAAAGAAGAAAAAGAAGAGGAAGAAGGAUGAAAAGCAGGAAAAGAAAUCCCCAUCACGGUCCCCGUCUGAAAGCAGUUCAGCUUCAGGUUCUGAGUCUGAAGGUGAAGGAGGUAAAGCAGCUGGUGAUGGCAAAUACUCUCCAGCUGCAGCAUCUGACCUUCAAGAACCAGUAUCCAGACUGGCUCCAAAAAGCAAACGAGGGGAAGAGAAAGUAGCUCCCGUUCUCUCACAGAAACCUGGACUGCUUGAAGUAAAGAAAGAGGAGAUAUCAGAUAUGGAUGUGUCCUCCACUGGAGGGAAGGGUAGUAACGCCAAUGAAUCAGAAACGGAUAUGAGAUCACCAUCUGCAGGCCAGGAUGAGAUAACACAGACAGACACAGUUAAGGUUAAAACAGAGGGCAGUCAUGGAGAUGGUACAUUCAGCCAUGCCCAGGAACUCCCGGACAUCAUCCCAAAACAGGAAGGUACGACCCCAAGAGAUGACCCAGGCUUGAAAGAUCAGACCAGUGCAGUUCAGAGGGCAAAGAUCAAGGAGCGUGAUUUGUCCAGGUCACCUUCACCUUCCAGGGGCUUAGACAUUAAGAGGACUGAGUCAGGUCCAAGUCGGUCACCAUCACCUAGUCUCAGCAGGCAACAGUCUGGUGGUCAAACAUUACCAAAAGAACGGUCAAGAUCCCAUUCCAGGUCAACCUCAAAGGGAAAACAGUCUUCAACUCCUCUGAAGAGUCACCAGCUGUCCCGUUCUCGGUCCCGCUCCAAGUCCCCUAAACCUCAGAGGAAGUCGCUCUCUCCAUCCCGCAAGUCUCCAAAGAGAGUUAGUCGUCGUUCUCGAUCUACCUCUCGCUCCCUCACCCCCAAGAAAAAGGUGUCAAAAUCUCCAAGAAAAUCCAAGUCUCCUAAACGGCGGCGAAGUUCUUUGUCUGCUUCCCCAAAGCGACGCCAGGCUUCUCCCUCUCCUAAAAGAAAAGUGUCACGAUCCCCUAAACGCGGCGGCCGCAGAUCCCCCUCUCUAUCUCGGUCUCCAAGAAGAAGUCGAAGGUCCCAGUCACGUUCCCGUGGUGGCAACAGGCGCUCCAGAACCCGCUCACCGAGACGUGGUGGUGCAGUCGGCAGGCGUUCAAAGUCGCGUUCUGUCACUAGAACGCGCCGCUCCGGCUCUAGAUCUAGACGCCCUGUUGGUCGCUCCAGGUCACGGUCAUUAAGACGUGCGGGAGGCAGGCGCUCCAGGAGUCGAUCCUUGUCUCGACGCAGGCGGUCACCACUACCCAGAUCCCGCCGCUCACGCUCCCGGUCAAUUCGCAGGAGCCGGCGAACCCGGUCACGUUCCAUUGUCGUGCUGAAGCGCAACCGGCGCUCUAGAACAAGGAGUCCCCGUAAAAGGACCAAAUCCGGAACCCCUCCUUCCCGACGGAGGUCUAAAUCUCGAUCGCCAGUCAGAAGGCGCUCUCGGUCUCCCGCCAGGAGAAACCGUUCUCCCCCAAGGUCUGGCAAACGCUCCAAGUCCCGCUCAUUGUCUCGAAGGCACCGAUCAAAGUCGCACUCACCACAGCCUAGCAAAAGGAGGUCCAAAUCUCCUAGGAAGAGUGGACGAAGGUCUAAGUCUAAAUCUGUCUCUGCGGGCGUGAACAGAUCUAAGUCAAGGUCCAGGUCUGAAUCAAGUGAUGGGGGGUCUGACAGCUCAUCCCCUGCCAGAUCCGUAUCUGUCUCCCCAGUUAAACAAAAGAAGUCAUCCUCCCCCAAGGCAGAGCCGGCCGUUUGUGUAAAGGCAGCGAGCGAAAAUGAAGCAGUUUCAGUGACAACAGGUGCUUGGAAACCAGUACCUUCAGCAGCUCCCUCCAGCUCCCAGCCUGCGAGUUCUUCAGAUAAGUUGCAAGAGCAGCUUAGUAAUUGGACAAGCUGGUAUGGUACCCAAAAGGAGAAUACCAGUUCAUCCAAUGAGCAAGAAGUUUCCAGGUCCAGGUCUGCCUCUCAAGAGCCUGGCACUGGCCCAGAUGGGUCUGGUGGUUCGGAAGGCUCAGAUGCAGAAGAGGAAUCUCCAGUUAAAAUGGUCUCUAAAAGCCAGAGAAGCUCCUCACGUUCAGCAUCUCCUGAAGUAAAGAACAAGCAGCUGUCCAAGUCACGCUCACCUACAGAUCGCAGGAAACUGUCACGUUCAACUUCGUCGCCUCGCCGUUCAGCCUCCAAGUCUAUAUCUAGAAGAAAGCUGUCCAGGUCCAAGUCUCCAGUGAGAAAACGAGAACCAGCCUCUCCAUCAGAAAGGAAGAAGCGACGGUCCAAAUCUCGGAGUCCUGUCCGCCGGCGAAGGUCACGGUCUCGCUCCGCUGCACGACGGAAGCGUUCCAGGUCCAAGUCACGUACUAGAGUUCGCCGGUCCAAGUCUCGCUCUCCAGCCCGCAAGAGGCGAUCUCGUUCACCAAAUGCUCGAGGAAGGAGAAGGUCCAAGUCCACGGAAAGAAAUAAGCGAUCCAAGAGUCGCUCCACAGGCCGAAGGAAAAGGUCCAGAUCAGGAGACAGAAGCAGGCGAUCACGGUCCCGUUCCUCUGAUCGUAGACGCAGGUCAAGGUCGAGGGGUCGAGGGAGGCGCCCGGUGUUUCGCAGUCGUUCAUUUGAUAGACGGGACAGGUGGAAGAGGGAACCUAGUCACUCUCCAGUUCUCAUCCUCCGUAAACAACGCCGCUCAGGGUCCCGGACACGACGCAGCACCAGCAAGACGCCUCCACGGCUGACUGAACUGGAUAAAGACCAGCUGCUUGAGAUAGCCAAGGCUAAUGCUGCUGCAAUGUGUGCUAAGGCGGGGGUUCCCAUUCCUGAGAGUCUUCGGCCGAAAGCCAUCCUGCAGCUCCCUCUGCCCACUCCAUCUCCUGCCCCCAUCUCCUUACCUUUACCUUUACCUCUUCCAAUGGGCAUGGGGAUGCCCAACAUGCCGAAUAUGCCCAACAUGGGUCCAAUGGGAAUACCCAAUAUUCCAGGAAUGCCCAGCAUGUCAAACAUCACCAUGAGUGCCGCUAUGGCGAGUAUGACAGCAGCUACGAUGACAGCUGCUUUGACCAACAUGGGUGCCCUGGCGGCCAUGCCUCCCCUUGCCCCACUUCCUACCAUUACUAACAAACCUCCCCCGUGCCUUGCCCCCCCUCAACCAACUCUCAACCUGGACCACAUCGAGGAAGCGAAGAGGAAGGUCACUCAGCAGGCUAAUAUACAUACCAUCAAGGAACUUACUGAGAAAUGUAAGAUGAUCGCAAAUAGCAAGGAGGAGAUGGCCAUUGCAAAACCCCAUGUCUCAGAUGAUGAAAGCUAAAACCGUGAAGCCCUCAAGCCACUCCCCUCAACGGACUGAAGGAAAACGGGCAAGAUUCUUUACAGGAGAACUCACAGUAGGACUUCUUUACAGUUCGCCAGAUGACAUGACUGAUUGGACGAGCACCCUAGUUGUCACAGUUGUAACGUAGGAGCACCGGCCACUGCCCCCCACUCCGCUCCCCAGUUUGUUUCGGUUUGUGUGAGAGCGAGAGACUGGCAGACUUUCACCUGUGAUACCACUGAGAAGACUGGACACACUGGUGUGUGCUCAGUUGCGUGACUGUACAGUGAGUGUGUGUGUGUGUGUAUAUAGUGACUUUCACCACCAACCCCUCAGUCUUGCUGCAGUCACUGUCGUGAAGACCGAAGAGGGAACAAACCAAACUAACUAGUGGCGCAAGUGUUUUUGUAAAAGUUCUCUAAGUUUCUCUAAAUUUGUUUUACCUUCAUGCUUUCUUAAAGGAUUGUGUUAAGUGGUCCCUGGUUUUAUAAACAAAUAAUGCAGAUGAAGUUAGAGAUAGUAGAUCCUCACGUGAUUCGUUUUCACAAGGUUGGACUUCCAGGAUGAGAGUCGCCACGUGUCGUGUUUUCUGAAACAGAUCUGACUGUUUUGAAGGACGGGGACAAGUGAAUAUAUUUGCUGCAAAAGAAGGAGAUUUCUAUUCCUGGUUAUGAAAAGGAGUCUCUCCAUUCACAAAACAUUACUAAUUCAGUUAGUACAGCCCUGGGUGUGAGUUUCUUUCCACUGUUUUGACAGCACCAAGCUCAUCUCUGUCCCGAGCCUGUCUUUCUUUUGAGCUUUGAUGGAACCACGUUUUGCUUUAGAUUUGAAAGGACACUUGCUCUUUCAGAGUUUUAAUACCAAUUCCAUAACAUACCCUGCUGUGUGUUUUCAUUUAAGAAGUACAGAAAGUGUACCAUUAGUUGUUUUGUUUUUUUUCUUUCUUUUUCUGACAACUGCAGUGAUCACAUUUGUCUUUCAUUUGCCAUGUGGGAUUUUGGCUUUUGACUGAAAGCAGUGCUGAUUGACGGUUUUAUAUUUGAUACAGGCAGCAAAAGUCCGAGACAACCAGGAUCAGUUGACUGGAUCUUUAACCACCAAGCUCAAGCUAAAUACGAACCUUUGUAGUUUUCCUGAUCACAAAUAAGAGACGAUGCACGUGAAUAUUUCCUUAAACAUACUGUAAAUGGAGGUAAUAACACUUGUUUAGAAAAGCAUUUCUAUUUCACUGUAUGACUGACUGCUGAAGAGAGGCUUCAGCUUUUCAGUGCGGUUGUUUACAUUUUUACAACAGUUCAGUUUCAGUGGUGUCUUGGGUUUUUUUUUCUAGAUUCACACAUGCAUAACAUAAUUCACAUUAUUGCACUGGGGCGGACGAAUGGCCUGUACUGUAUAAAGUAUGAACGUAGAACGCUGAGAAUGUCCUGAGCUGUGUCACUGUUCAAUGUUUUGUGUGUUAGACAAUCAGGUUCUUUGUCUCAAAAUGCUCAUUUUGAAGAAAGAACUAUAGCCACAUGAAAUGUACACAUCUUCCAGCAUCGUAUUCGGGGGGGAUAAACAGGAGAUAGUCGCUGUAGAGGAAGGGAUGUAACAUGAAACACACACCAAGCCUGUUUCAUUGAAUCCACCAACACAUCCAAUACUGGUUUUGUACUGUGUAUGCUGAUACCCGGGCCCGUGUUGUGUGCGCGGCUCUGGGUAAAUAUUUUUCAUUUGAACGCAUUUGGAUAACAAGAAGAAAGACGAACUUGGUGCUUUUGGGGAAACUGACAGGGAUUCUGGUUUUUAAAAAGUCUCGGACUUACAUUAAUUUUCAUUGGCGGGUGGUGGGUGGGGAAUCAUUCUGAAUCCAUCCUGCUUUGUCACCCUCACGUGCCCAGGGCUGUUUAACUGUGGAAGAUAAUCUGUGAAGGUUUUGUCAGACUUUAACUAUACUUACUCUGUACCACAAGUGUUGAACCGUUGAAUUGAUUCCCUGAGGUAACCUUUAGCUAUUUUAAUGACUGAAAAAAAAGAAAGAAAAGAAAAAAAAAAAAAAGGAAAAAACGCAAUUUAAAAAUAUUUUUUUUUGUUUUUCUUUUGGUCAUUUGAAUAUGACCACCGCUUGCUUUGUACAUAAAUGUGUUGAUGAUUAUUAAAAACCUCAACGAUCUGUA